AUGAAGUCCUUCACGACAACCAUCGUAGCGGCCCUUUUGGCGAUGGCCUAUGGCGAGGUUGAGAUCAACGUCAUGAGCAGCCGCAUAGUUGGAGGCAACAUUGCUGAGAUCGGAGCUUUCCCACACCAGGUAUCCCUCCGCCGGCUGAACGGUAGGCACUUUUGCGGUGGCUCGAUCAUAAACGACCAGUGGAUCGUAACGGCGGCCCAUUGCCUGCAAAAAAUGGGUGACAGGGAUAUUACCGUCAUCACCGGGACCAACAGGCUGUCAGAGGGCGGCGUCGCUUACCGAUCCGAGAAGGUUAUCCCGCACCAAAAAUUCAGCAUGAUGUUUUUCGUGAGAAACGACAUCGGCCUCAUCAAGGUCAACCGAACCAUCGAGUUCGACGAGGUGACCAAGCCCAUUCCCCUGCCCACCACCAACAUCAAGGAGAACAAUUACCCCGCGGUCGUCUCCGGCUGGGGUCUCGUCAAGGGUGGUGGCACCUCCGCCGACCUUCCCGACGAGCUCCAGUACCUCAACACUUUCCUCCUGAGCAGGUGGGCCUGCUCGAAGAAGACCCUCUUCCCGAUGUUCAGCUCGUCAAAGAUCUGUGCCUUCACCAAACAGAACCAGGGCGUCUGCAACGGAGACUCGGGUGGUCCACUGAUGGCUGACGGCAACCUCGUCGGUGUGGUCUCGUAUGGUAUCAUGGGAUGCGCCCUUGGACUGCCGGACUUUUACACGCGCGUCUACAGUUACCUCGACUGGAUCGAAAAGACGACCAGCAGCUCGUAA